AUUCGAAAUAAUUUUUAUAUAAUUAAAAAAAGAAAUCAAUGGCUACAACAAAGGUAAAAAAGUAAAAAAGAGUUGAGGAAGUGGAAUAGGUUUAAGAUGAGGAAGUGAUAAAAUCUAGUCAUUAAGGAGCAAAAUUAGAUUCUUAAAAUUGGCCAUUGUUAUUAAAGAAUUAUGAAAGGAUGAAUAUAUUAACAUGUCAUUAUACUCCAAUUCCAAGUGGAUCAGUAAGAAUAGAAAUUUAAUAAUUUAGAGUCCAUUAAAGAGAGGAUUAGUAGAACAUUUGAAAUAUGGAGUGAUAAAUUUGGAUAAGCCAUCAAAUCCAUCAUCUCAUGAGGUUGUUUCAUGGAUAAAGAGAAUAUUGAAAGUAGAAAAGACAGGUCAUUCAGGGACACUUGAUCCAAAAGUAACAGGAGCAUUGAUAGUAUGUCUGAAUAGAGCAACUAGAUUAGUAAAAGCAUAAUAAUCAUCAGGUAAAGAAUACGUAGGAAUAAUAAGGUAAAGUAUUUUAAUAAUAAUAGAUUACAUGAUGCAAUAUCAUCAGCAGCUAAAUUAGAGAAGGCUAUUUAAGAUUUAACAGGUGCUGUAUUUUAGAAACCACCUGCAAUAUCAGCAGUAAAAAGAGAAUUGAGAGUUAGAACAAUAUAUGAGAGUAAAUUGUUUGAAUAUGAUCCUGAAAAAAGAUUAGGAAUAUUUUGGAUGAGUUGUGAAGCAGGUACAUAUGUAAGAACAUUAUGUGUACAUUUGGGUUUAUUAUUGGGAGUAGGAGGUCAUAUGGAAGAAUUAAGAAGAGUUAGAUCAGGUAUAUUAGAUGAAAAUAAAUAUAUGGUAACUAUGCAUGAUGUUUUGGAUGCAUAAUAUAGAUAUGAUAAAUUUAAGGAUGAAUCAUAUUUAAGACAUGUUGUUAUUCCUUUAGAAGUUUUAUUAACAAAUUUUAGAAGAGUUGUGGUAAAAGAUUCAACUGUCAAUGCUAUUUGUUAUGGAGCAAAGUUAAUGGUACCAGGUGUCUUAAGAUUUGAUGAUAAAAUUGAUAUUGGAGAUGAAAUUGUUUUAAUUACAACUAAAGGAGAAGCAAUAGCUGUUGCAAUAGCGUAUAUUAUUAAAUAUUAUUAUCAUUAUAGUUAAAUGACUACUGCUGAAAUAGCAUCAUGUGAUCAUGGAGUUGUUUGUAAAUCUAAAAGAGUUAUUAUGGAUAGAGAAACAUAUCCCAGAAAGUAUUCUAAUUAUUUUAUUAUUUUAGAUGGGGUACUGGACCUAGAGCACUUAGAAAGAAAGCUCUUAUUAAAGAAGGAUUACUUGAUUCACAUGGUAAACCUAAUGCCAAUACUCCUUAAGAUUGGCAAUAAUUCUAUGUNGGCUACAACAAAGGUAAAAAAGUAAAAAAGAGUUGAGGAAGUGGAAUAGGUUUAAGAUGAGGAAGUGAUAAAAUCUAGUCAUUAAGGAGCAAAAUUAGAUUCUUAAAAUUGGCCAUUGUUAUUAAAGAAUUAUGAAAGGAUGAAUAUAUUAACAUGUCAUUAUACUCCAAUUCCAAGUGGAUCAGUAAGAAUAGAAAUUUAAUAAUUUAGAGUCCAUUAAAGAGAGGAUUAGUAGAACAUUUGAAAUAUGGAGUGAUAAAUUUGGAUAAGCCAUCAAAUCCAUCAUCUCAUGAGGUUGUUUCAUGGAUAAAGAGAAUAUUGAAAGUAGAAAAGACAGGUCAUUCAGGGACACUUGAUCCAAAAGUAACAGGAGCAUUGAUAGUAUGUCUGAAUAGAGCAACUAGAUUAGUAAAAGCAUAAUAAUCAUCAGGUAAAGAAUACGUAGGAAUAAUAAGGUAAAGUAUUUUAAUAAUAAUAGAUUACAUGAUGCAAUAUCAUCAGCAGCUAAAUUAGAGAAGGCUAUUUAAGAUUUAACAGGUGCUGUAUUUUAGAAACCACCUGCAAUAUCAGCAGUAAAAAGAGAAUUGAGAGUUAGAACAAUAUAUGAGAGUAAAUUGUUUGAAUAUGAUCCUGAAAAAAGAUUAGGAAUAUUUUGGAUGAGUUGUGAAGCAGGUACAUAUGUAAGAACAUUAUGUGUACAUUUGGGUUUAUUAUUGGGAGUAGGAGGUCAUAUGGAAGAAUUAAGAAGAGUUAGAUCAGGUAUAUUAGAUGAAAAUAAAUAUAUGGUAACUAUGCAUGAUGUUUUGGAUGCAUAAUAUAGAUAUGAUAAAUUUAAGGAUGAAUCAUAUUUAAGACAUGUUGUUAUUCCUUUAGAAGUUUUAUUAACAAAUUUUAGAAGAGUUGUGGUAAAAGAUUCAACUGUCAAUGCUAUUUGUUAUGGAGCAAAGUUAAUGGUACCAGGUGUCUUAAGAUUUGAUGAUAAAAUUGAUAUUGGAGAUGAAAUUGUUUUAAUUACAACUAAAGGAGAAGCAAUAGCUGUUGCAAUAGCGUAAAUUAUUAAAUAUUAUUAUCAUUAUAGUUAAAUGACUACUGCUGAAAUAGCAUCAUGUGAUCAUGGAGUUGUUUGUAAAUCUAAAAGAGUUAUUAUGGAUAGAGAAACAUAUCCCAGAAAGUAUUCUAAUUAUUUUAUUAUUUUAGAUGGGGUACUGGACCUAGAGCACUUAGAAAGAAAGCUCUUAUUAAAGAAGGAUUACUUGAUUCACAUGGUAAACCUAAUGCCAAUACUCCUUAAGAUUGGCAAUAAUUCUAUGUUUCAGAAGUUAAUAAUAAUAUUCUUAAAGAAUAACCAUAACCUGAAAUUUUAUAAGAAGAAGAAGCAUAAGAUGUCCCAGAAGUUAUUGAAAAACCUAAGAAAAAGAAAAAAUAAGUGGUUUAAGAAGAAGAUGAAUGA